AUGGAUUAUCCACAAUGUCAAAUAGCGAAUAGGCUUUUGUUUGUACUAUUGUGUCUCGGUUCUGUAAGACUUGAAUCACAACAACGUUAUACCCAACGGGCACUUCAAGAAGCAUUGGCAAAACUAUCUAUGCAGCAGAAGGGUGUGAAGAUCUUCCCUAGGCCAACUGCGGGAUCACUUCGACCUAUUGUUCAUGGACAAACACUUGAAUACAACAUGAAAGUCCAUGCUGGGAGGGGAUUUUCUCUUGAAGAACUGAAAGCAUCUGGUGUUCCCAAGAAACUAGCACCAACCAUUGGCAUUGCUGUUAAUCAUCGCCACAGGAAUAGAUCCUUACAAGGUCUCCAAACCAAUGUCCAGAGGCUCAAGACUUACAAGGCUAAGCUUGUCAUCUUUCCAAGUCGUGCUAAGAAAGUCAAGGCUGGUGAUUUUAGUGCAGAGGAACUUGCUACUGCCACCCAGGCAGAGGCGGAUGUAGUCUGUUAAUGACGGGUUCAACUGAA